AUGCCCCCUCAAGAGCCUCUUUCCUACCCUCUUAAUUCCCCAUUGUUGCACAUUCUCUCCCAAAAAUCAUCUCUCAAUCUUACAUUACCUCAAAAGAGAUCUUUACUAAAAAUGACACUUACAAAGAGAAAAUCAAUCCUGAUUCUUGUUUUUAUCCUUGUGAUUGCCUCCCUCAUAAGAGUACUCAGAAUCACCAUUACCACUUCAUACUUCCCAAAUGUUGUUUCAUCAUCUAUGGAUCAUGAUCUUAUAACAACAAGAAGUAAUGUGAGUGACAAGACACUCUCUGAAAAGGAACUUAGGUUUCUCUCAGAUAUAAUCCUUCAAAAAUCUCCCUGUAAUCUUCUCGUUUUUGGGCUUGAAGAUCAAUACCUAAAGUUACCAACCAUCAACAAAGGUGGUGCAACAGUUUUUCUAGAGGACAAACCAGAAAAGCUAAUGAAAAUGAAGGGAAAUGGCGAUGGUGUACAGGUAUUCAGAAUCAGGUAUAAAACAUCUGCUAAAGAAGCAUAUAAGUUGUUAAAGCAUGCAAGAAGAGACUCUAGUUGUUCUGUAAGAAGACUUACCUCAAAAUGUGGAGAUGGACCCGAGUCACCUGGAAGAAUGGGAGCUAUUUAUAUGGCGGGUGUUCUUGCAAGAUCUGGGAAUGGGACGAAUGUUGUUGUUCAUGAUGUUGAUCGGAUGAUUGAGAAGUGGUUUUCAUGGGAGUUUUUGAGUGAAAAGAAUUUGGUUUCUUCUAAAGGGAAGUUUUGGAAUUUUAAGAUUAGUCAAAGAAAGAAACUGGUUUCUUUGAAAAGAUCAUGA